UUAACUCACAAGUGUGUGAAGUACUUGGCAUUAGAAGAAGUCUCUGUGCCCCAUAUCAUCCUCAAACUAAUGGGUUGGUGGAAUGACUGAACGGAACUAUACAAAGAGCUCUUGGCAAGAUGGUGGAUGAGAAACCUAAUAACUGGGAUCUGUACCUGGAUGCAGUAAUGUUUGGACUGCGCACAAAAAAAGCAGUUAACCACAUGGUUCUCCCCAUUCUUUUUGAUGUUCGGGAGAGAAGCACGUUAUCCUGCUGAGGUGCCAGAGGACUAUCAGGUUGAUGCUACUGUUGAGAAUGUGCUUUCUGAAGAAUUGGUGGCAAUUGACAUUGAGAGGCAUGACAGAAUCCUGAACAUUGUCCAGGAGAAUGUAGAAGGAGUUCAGGAGAGAACAAGAAAAAGGCUGCAGUCAAAACUCCCUCAGCAAAAUCUUCAGGUGGGAGAUGUAGUUCUGAGAAAGAAUAUCCGCAGCCAGCAACGAAAAGGAGGAAAGCUUGACCCAAAAUUCCUCAGCCUCUUUACUAUCACCAAAGCAGCAGGAAAAAGCAUUGACCUUGUUGACUCCAAUGGAAAAGCUAUCCACAAAGUUAACACUGAUCAUUUAAAACAGUACAAUGAACAGACCCCGAGGAUACCACAAAAGUUAAAAGGACAUGAUGAUGUAUCCAGUGUUGCUCCUCCCUCACAGUCCCCAGUCACUUCCUCUCCAGCUGCUGUCAUCUCCACUCCACCUACCACUGUCAUCUCCUCUCCACCAGCCACUGUCAUCACCACUCCACCUACCACUGGCAUCUCCUCUCCACCAGCCACUGUCAUCUCCACUCCACCUACCACUGUCAUCUCCUCUCCACCAGCCACUGUCAUCACCACUCCACCUACCACUGGCAUCUCCUCUCCACCAGCCACUGUCAUCUCCACUCCACCUACCACUGUCAUCUCCUCUCCACCAGCCACUGUCAUCUCCACUCCACCUACCACUGGCAUCUCCUCUCCACCAGCCACUCUACUGCCAUCUCCUCUCCACUAG